UGCGGAUUGAAGAAAAACAAUUAUUCAUUUUUUAUAAUAACUACUUUUAAGCUAAAGAGACCUUUUAACUUUUUGAUUAUUUUGUUUUUCCAAUAAAUAUCAUUUUCUCCAGAAAUUUCACGCCUGGUUGUUUUUUCUUUAAUUAUAUUUUUUUCUGAAUUUUUAUUAGUGUGGGUUGGUUUGAUUGGAGACGGCGCUUUGUGGUGAUUUUAUUUCUUACUUUUAACUUUUAUCCUCUCCCGGCGAUGCCGACGCCGGUGAACACGGCGAGAGAAUGCUUAACGGAGGAAGCCACUCGUGCCCUCAACGACGCAGUCGCAGUUGCCCGUCGGAGGAGCCACGCGCAGACAACGUCUCUCCACGCCGUAUCCGCUCUUCUAGCGAUGCCGUCGUCCAUUCUCCGGGAGGUCUGCGUCUCACGCGCCUCCCGGAGCACCCCGUACUCCUCGGGACUUCAGUUCCGAGCUCUGGAGCUCUGCGUCGGCGUCUCUCUCGAUAGACUCCCGUCUUCGUCCAAGUCUACUACGACGACGGAGGAAGAAGAUCCGCCCGUGUCGAAUUCGCUCAUGGCGGCGAUCAAACGGUCUCAGGCGAAUCAGAGACGGCACCCCGAGAGUUAUCACCUCCAGCAGAUCCACGUCAGCGGAUGUCAGACGACGGUUUUGAAAGUUGAGUUGAAGUACUUUAUACUAUCCAUCCUCGACGAUCCGAUUGUGAACCGGGUCUUCACCGAAGCGGGCUUUCGGAGCUCCGAUAUCAAGCUCGACGUGCUUCACCCUCCGGUGACGCAGCUCUCUUCCCGCUUCUCGAGAGCUUCUCGCUGUCCUCCUCUCUUCCCGUUUAGUGGGAGCAGUGGUUUGGAUGAGAAUUGUCGGAGAAUCGGAGAAGUGUUGUGUCGGAAAGAGAGGAGGAACCCGCUCCUUGUCGGAACUUGCGCUAACGAAGCUCUUAAAACGUUCACGGGCGCGAUCAACAGUGGGAACCAAACGUUUCUUCCUCCGGAGGUAAGCGGGUUAAGCAUAGUUAGCAUAGAGAAGGAGAUUAACGACGUUUUAGCCGAUGGAUCAAGAACCGACGAGGAGCUUGAUGAUCUAGUAAGAGUCGCAGAGGGAGAUGGCUCGAAAUCAUCGGGGAUGGUGCUUAAUCUGGGAGAGUUGAAGGUCCUAACCGGCGAAACUUCUUCCAAUGUUUUGGAGUGUUUGGUGUUGAAGCUGUCGGAUUUGUUGAAACAUCGAAGUGGUAAACUUUGGUUCAUUGGAUGUGCAUCGAGCAACGAGACUUACACGAAGCUUUUGGAACGGUUUCCUACGGUUGAUAAAGAUUGGGACCUUCAUGUUCUUCCUAUCACAUCCUCAAGACCCUUGACUCAAGGGGUUUACCCAAAAUCAAGCUUGAUGGGAUCGUUUGUUCCGUUUGGAGGCUUCUUUUCAUCUACAUCAGACUAUAGAGUACCGUUGAGUAACACACUGAAUCAAACGCUCCCCAGAUGUCACCUCUGCAACGAGAAGUAUCUGCAAGAAGUAGCUGCCCUUGUCAAAACCGGUUCAAGUCACUCUACGUCUGAUCAAUCUCCUGAGAAGUUACCCUCUUGGUUACGCGCUGCAGAGUCCGAGUUAGACAAGGGACCGACGAGCAGCACCAAGGCUAUAGAUGAUGACACAAACACAUUAGCCUCUCAAACCACAGCUCUCCAGAAGAAAUGGGACAACAUAUGCCAAAGUACCCAUCAUACUCCAGCGUUUCAUAAACUCGGUUAUCCGACCGUGAGUCCCCAGUUCCCAGUUCAGACCGUAAGAAGCCCAGCUGAGAAAAGUAGUCCCGGGACUCCAAGCAGAACUCCUGAAAGCUCUCUUGAGACCACCAGUAAACUGCUUAAUCAGCCAUUCUCAAAUACAAAACAAAAGGAGGAUCUCACUACAUCAGUGCCUAACCGUGUUAUGGGUUCUCCUUUGAGCUGUGUUACUACAGACUUAGGCUUGGGAGCAAUCUAUGCAUCAAAAAGUGAGAAUGAAACAAACACAAUGAGAGAGAAACCGUUGCUGGUGACGACUCUAAGCUCUUCCUUAGAACACAAGUAUCAGAACGAUUUCAAGUCUCUCAGAGAAUCACUCUCUCGUAAAGUCCCUCACCAGACCGAAGCUGCGAAUGCAAUUAGUCAAAUCAUCUGCGACGCGAGAAGAAACCGCACGAGUGGAACUUGGCUGGCUCUUCUUGGACCGGAUAGAGUCGGGAAGAAGAAAGUAGCUUCGGUUCUGUCUGAAGCCUUCUUUGGUGGCCAAGAAAACUGCAUCUCUGUGGAUUUCGCGGGAGAACACUCUUAUAGAGGCAAGACAGUGGUUGAUUACCUAACGGGAGAGUUAUCUAGAAAGCCACACUCAGUUGUGUUCCUCGAAAACGUGGAGAAGUCAGAGUUCCCGGAUCAGAGGAGAUUGUCUGAAGCUGUGAGUACAGGGAGACUCCGUGACUCGCAUGGGAGAGUGAUCAGUAUGAAGAAUGUAAUUGUUAUUAUCGCCAAGGAGAAAGAUCAUGUUAUUAAUGAGCCUGUGACGUUCUCUGAGGAGAGAGUUCUCAGCGCGAAAAGCUGGAGACUGCAGAUUAAGUUAGCUGAUGGUGUAAAGAAGAGAAAACACGAGGAAGAGACAGAGCUGCGUGCAGAGAAGGUGCAGCGUUCGUAUCUUGAUCUGAAUCUACCACUGGAUGAGUCAGGAGUUAGUUUGGAUCUUGAAACAGAGGAGGCAAGAGCUUGGUUCGAUGGUUUCAUGGAGCAGGUAGAUGGAAAGGUGACGUUCAAGGAGGUUGAUUUCGAUGGGUUAGCUAAAAGCAUUCGAGAGAAGAUCGUUUUGCAUUUUAAGAUGUGUUUUGGAGGUGAAACAAGUUUAGAGAUAGAUGAGGACGUGAUGGUUCAGAUUCUUGCGGCUUUUUGGUCAUCGGGGGAAGAAGAGAGGGACGUUGUUGAUCAGUGGAUGAGAACAGUUCUUGCUCUUAGCUUUGCUGAAGCGAGGGUAAAGUAUGGUUUGAAUCCUAAGGUCGUUGUGAAGCUGGUUGCUUCUAGAGAUUUAUCUGGCGGAGUAGAGUUGCCGGAGAGGGUGGAUGUGAUGUGAUCACAGUUCACAGAUGUAUAAGUGAGGUAAUAAAUAGGUAGUCUUGAUUGUUUUGUCAUCAGAGGCUUUGGUUUGGAGUUUUGUGCAUGUAAAUUAAAGAAUGUAUCAAUAUAGUUACUACUGUUAGCUGAGGUAUCACUUUGGUACAUAAGUUUGGUUAGGGGUUUUACUAAUUUCCCAGACUUCUUUUGCCAUUUUGUGUCUAGCUAUCUCCUAAUUGUCUUGUAAACUCUUUUGGCCAACUUUCAAAUAUGUGUAUGCAUUAAACAAUAGAAAAGUCUGUAUAUAUAAGUAUUAUUUUCAAAA